CUAAUUUCCUCUUCAUCUUCUUCACCUUCUUCACUUUCAUCACUCCUACUCAGACAAUAUUUGACCGUUGUUUUCUUCAACGUCUCUCUCUCCUUCUCCACGCUCCACAGCUUCUUUUGAUUGACUGUAACACCUGAAAGUUUCUCCGACACUUCAUUUAAGUCUUGAGCUUUGGAAUUAAAAGCUAAAUUUAAGAAUUAAAUCGAGAAAUGGGAUGUUCUCACUCGAGGUUUGAUGACGACGAAGCUGUUCAGAUCUGCAAAGACAGGAAGCGUUUCAUCAAACAAGCAGUGGAACAUAGAACUGGGUUCGCCUCUGGCCACAUUGCUUAUAUCCAAUCUCUGAGAAGAGUUUCAGAUGCUCUGCGCGAAUACAUCGAAGGAGACGAGCCACACGAGUUCUCGCUGGAUACAUUCGUCACUCCGGUGAAGAGAAGGAGCAGCUCAGGCGGACUAUUCGAGUUAUCUCCCUCUUCGAAAACGAUUCAGGGGAAGGCAGAACCGGAACUUGAAGUCAGAUACUUGAUGGCUAGUGGAAGCAGGCCGGUUCUUGUUGAAGAGAAGCCUCCUACUUCACCUGAGACUUUCCCGGUUGAGACUUACGGUGCAGAUACUUUCUUCGGGAUGAACAUGAAUCCGGCGAGCUCGCAUGUGAACAACAUGCCGCCUCCUUCGCCACAGAGCUCUCAAUGGGAUUUCUUUUGGAACCCCUUUUCUUCACUGGAUCAUUACGGAUACGGUUACGAUAACCGGAGUGGUAUGGACGAUGAGAUGAGACGGCUGAGGCAAGUUCGUGAGGAAGAAGGUAUUCCGGAUCUUGAAGAAGAUGUGAGGUUUGAGGAACAUGGCAUGAAAGCAAGAGAAGAUUGUAAUGGAGGUAGAAAGGAUCAAGAAGAAGAUAGAGUAGAAGAUGGGACUGAGAACGGGAGGGAGAUGAACUGCAUUGGAACUCAAGAACGACGAAGCGUUGAGGUGUGCAGAGGAGGAACAACAGGGAAUGUGGUUACAACAGAUGAUGAUGCAAAAGGAGAGACACCUGGCUUCACUGUGUACUUGAACCGAAGGCCUACAAGCAUGGGAGAAGUUAUUAAAGAACUUGAAGAUCAGUUUGGAGUCAUAUGUAACGCUGCUAAAGAAGUCUCGGGUUUAUUAGAAGCUAGUCGAGCGCAAUACACAUCCUUUACUGAACUCAGCGCCAUGAAAAUGCUGAAUCCAGUAGCUUUGUUCCGCUCUGGCGGCUCAUCAAGAUCUUCCUCUUCUCCAUCAAGAUUCUUGCUCAGCUCUUCUGAAAGCAGCAGUGAUUUUUCAGAAGAGUCUUGUAUGCUUUCCGGUAGCCAUCAAUCAACACUGGACCGGCUAUAUGCGUGGGAGAAGAAACUCUACGAUGAAGUAAAGUCUGGAGAAAGGAUACGAAUUGUAUAUGAGAAGAAAUGUUCGGUGCUGAGGAACCAGGAUGUGAAAGGAGUAGACUCUUCAUCGGUUGACAAAACAAAAGCUACAAUCAGAGAUUUACACACUCAGAUGAAGGUCUACAUACACUCAAUCGAGUCUAUCUCGGAAAGGAUCGAGACUCUUCGCGACCAAGAACUGCUUCCGCAGAUUCUUGAGCUUCUUCAAGGAUUAGCUCAGAUGUGGAAAGUGAUGGCAGAGUGUCACCAGAUACAGAAGCGAACAUUGGACGAGGCCAAGCUAUUACUUGCAACCAAGACUUUUAACAAGAAGCAACAACAGACCUCACUACCGGAGAUAAACUCUCAGAGAUUAGCUCGGUCGGCUUUGAACCUCGUGGCUCAGCUACGAAACUGGAGAGCCUGCUUCCAAGCAUGGAUCACGUCCCAGAGAUCCUACGUGCUGUCUCUAACCGGCUGGUUACUCAGAUGUUUCAGGUGCGACCCUGACCCGGAGAAAGUCACAUUAUCAACUUGUCCUCACCAGAUUUACGAAGUCUGCAUCCAAUGGUCGAGGCUGCUCAAUGGGUUGAACGAGAAGCCGGUUCUAGACAAACUAGAUUUCUUUGCCUCGGGGAUGGGUUCGAUCUUUGCUCGACAGCUUAAAGAAGAUACAUCAUCUCAGGGAACAGAGAGCAUGGAGCUUGUUGAAGCUGACAAGGUGGAAGAGGAGAAGAUGAUGGCUGCUGAGAAACUGGCUGAGAUUGCAGUUAAAGUACUCUGCCAUGGGAUGUCGGUUGCAGUUAGCUCACUGGCUGAGUUUUCAAUCAGCUCGGCUGAUGAACACUCGAAGCUAGUUAGCCAUCCAGAGGACGCCACGUCAGGGCAGCAUCCGGAGCAAACAGGGAUGUGAUCACUUUUUGUCUGUUCUCAGUUUUCUCAUUUCAUUUAUUUAUCUUUUUUUGUUUGGGUUAGAAGUUUAGGAUUUUAGGUUAGUUGUUCCUGGUGGGAGCUGUUAAAAGAUGGAUGAAGAUAUGUGUAUUAUGAUUAUUAUUAUUAAGACGCAUAAAAGCUAGACUUCCAAGUUUGGGUUACUAAUUAUUUUUUUCUUAAUGACUAAAUAUAAAGUUUCCAGUUCCUGAU